AUGGUUGCAGAAGAGCUGCAAGCGGGGUGGAGGCUGGAGCUCGAGACCGCCUGGUCAAAGGGGCAAGCUGUUGGACCGCCGCCAGCACAACGGACCAUUAGAUGCUCCAAGCUCGUUAUAGCUGCCGGUCUCUCGUCCGCUUCUGUUCCUAUUAACAUCAAGGGCAGCGAGGAGUUCGCUGCGCCAAUUGUUAAUUUUGGCGACUACGCUCGCGAAGCACCCCGAAUCUACGAAGACACCGUUUUGGGGGGCGGCAAAGCUGUGUAUGACAUUGUCUACCUGGUGGCGACCCAUGGUGAACGAGUGACCUGGAUUAUCCGAGGUUCGGGCCAUGGCCCAACAUACAUGGCGUCAGCACAUAUUUACAUCGGCCCUUUUAGAUAUUGGCUCGAAAAGCUAACCACAACACGGCCUCUUACAUGGCUUUCUCCGUGCGUUUGGGGUGAUGCGGAUGGCUUUGGAUACCUACGGAACUUGCUUCACGGCACGAGCUGGGGUCGAUGGUUUGUAGACCGUUUCUGGGCGAAGAUGGCGUCCGAUACGCUUGAGCAGAGCGGCAUAUUGAAGAGCGAAGCAACGAAGAACUCGGUACCGGAUGAGCCAUUGUUUUGGAUUGUCCAAGUGGAAGUGAUCAGAAAGGACGUCAAAUCUCUCGAAGCAGAAAAUGUCAUACGCUUUGAGGAUGAGACUUCGGAUCAGACCGAUGCAUUUGUUGCCAGUAUGGGGUGGAAAUGGAGACCAAGUAUCGAUUUCCGGCCAAAGGAAAUGCCCGCAGAUCUAGGUCUGCCAAGUACGGAGUAUACCAAAACACAAAAGGAGAUCUCGGACAAGCUGGACGCACGUGUUGAUGCGGAGGUUUUCGACAGGUUCCCGAAGCUUGCAACUGCGCCCAAAAUGGAUCAGGAAUCGCUGGUUGAACAAGAAAAGGGCAGAAUUCGCGUAGUCGCCCAAUCGCAGGACGCGGUCAGAUCGGAAAUCAGCAGUAUCUGGGCCUACGCCUACAUGAACGACAAGCUCGGUUCCGUGAAAUCAAUCAGUAAGCCUUCUAAAAAGCUGCGUCUGGAGCAAACGCUUGUCCAUGAGAACGGCAUUGCGAUCAAGCAGAUCGGGACGGUAGAUGAUAUCAGGUACGACAAUGCGCUCUUCCAACGCUGGGGGAAGUGGAGAACACCGUACGGGUUUGGUGCCGGGCAUCCGGAUGUCGUGUUUGAGGGCAUUGCGUAUCUUGAUAUGCUGUUGCAGGAUUUGGGCUUGAGGAGUCGGCGGAAGGGAUGGGGAUGGUUGGGGGAGGUGUUUGGGGGCAGUUAUGGUCAGGCAGAUUACAAGGGGUUGGUGGGAGAGUGGAAAGAGAGCCGGCAUAAGGGGACCUGA